AUGGUUUAUCUAAUGGCUGUGACGCGAUGGCUUCUCGACUCACGGUAUGCCGCAUCAACAUCAAUUCUGAAUGCAGCAAAUAAUAUCCAUUGCAAGUCUCAAACCGGAGAAACCAGGCUUGGACAUUUGCGAGAUAAAUUUUUCAUGCUACAUGCGAGGCAAUAUGCUUACUCGACACGAGCCAUAAGCAUUACUCAUGUCUGCAUAUUUGUAGAACGCCGUUCUUCACUUCCCAAUUAUGCGAGAAUUUCAUUCUGCGAGCCGACGCUCAAUAUCAUCAAUGCAAAGAUGCGGCGCCAUGUGAGGCGUUCGCUAAUCGAGGCGCUGCCGGAGUCUGGCGUAAUUUUGACGACAGAGUUGAGUGGCGCUACAGCGUGUAUCAGCUCGUUGAUAUCGCUGAUGCAUCUGACAGACCUAGUUUCUCAGACAAUUCGCACGCGUGCGUUGGUUGUAUGUUAUAACUUAAUAUCAGACCUUGCAAACUUACGUGGUGGUGUAAUGACCGCCGAUCUUUUCAAUGGGAUGAUCAUACUUAGGGCCUGGCCAAAGCUGCGCGGGCGCCCAAGUCACGUCUGGAGAGUCCUGGUUGUUGCUGACACGCGUCUCGAUUGUGGCUCAACUAUUUAUGCCAUGGUGAUGACAUCGUCACGGAUGCCUGCCUCUCCACUCGUGUUAUCUGAUGUCGCAGUUUGUUGUCUUGAAGUGAGCAGGAGAACUUUGCUUCUAGAGGCCUUUGAUGUUGCAACCAAACUUGCUAUUAGGAGAGUCAUGUCGCAUGCCAAGUCUUUGCUUCGGAUGAGCAGUGCGAAGUGGGAAGAUGUCGCCUUGACACAGUACGGCGAAGAUUUGACAUGUUGCUUGGUGUUAGUUUCCUCUCACGACACAUUCAUAGCUGGCUGCCUCGGACUUCAUGGUGAUUGGGGUGUGUGCAGAAGCGCAUGUGAUGUAUUUCCUGCCUGCAUCAAAUUUGAACAUCAGCGCGCGUCGUUCAUCCGAACCCACGACGCGCAAUUCUUGGCUUGUGGGGAUGCACAUUCUGCACUCGAAGAAGGGGGGGUGACACCGGCCUCAAACUCAGCCCAGCAGGCCCAGGAGCGUCGCCAAAUCGCUGUAUGGGCUGAUGUGAGCGUCCUGAGCGCCUUCGAACGCCUCUGUGGCGGCCCCGGCGUGGCGCCACGUGCGGCCGAUCGGCAAGUACAACGCUCUAGUACGUCGGCGAAUGCAGCGCUGCGCCUUGGGCCGCGCUGUGAUCGGAACCAUUCGUGCGGCGGCCUCGAACGACUCGCAUGGACCAGAUCCGACGGACCCAUGGACCAGAUCCGACGCGAGAAGGCGACCCCCGAGGUCGAGAUGCGCCUCCCAGAUCGAUUCGAGCGCGCACAGCCCACUGCCCGCAGCGACUGCCCGCGCGCGGUCACCAUCGCCACCUGGACGUCCUCCGAGUCCUAUCUCCCCGGCCCUUUUCCCACGCGCGAGGGCUCGGGUAAGGAACGCCCUCGUCAAUUUGGCGGGGGUAAGGCUUCCGUGCUCGCGCGCUUGGACGGCGUCGCGGUCUGGUGUCGCCCCCCGUCUCGAAGGAACAGAGCACAAAUUCAGCUGCCACCCAAAGACGGGUUUCUCUGGAGGAGCGGGUCCGGAGCAGUACCUCAACACCGCCGCUUGCCUUCAAAGGGGACCUCAACACCGCCCGGCCGCUCACGCCCUGCGGGGGGCCUCCGAGGCGCCGCCCACGCCUUAGCCAAAGCCACGUGCCAGAACCCCUCCAGAAACCCUUCGCGGACCCGAAAUUGCAUUUACGGCAGUCCACCCUCAGUCUGCUGCCAACAACUAGAGACUGGUUUACUGCGCUCGCCACACGUACAGCCGCUACGUACAGCCACGGAUGUGCGUCUACGGGGCGCUGCUUUUCUGCGGGUGCUGUUCCCAGCGCGCACGUAG